AUGCAUCAUACUGGCCACCCGACUUCGUGUUUGAACUGCGUUGCUAUCAGUGCUCCCUGUACAUGGGGAAUUGUAGAUUGCCAACUGUUACGAGAUCAAUAUCAGUGUGAUCGAUGUGAUCAAAACGAGAUCCAUUGCGAAUGGACCACAUUUACUCCUCCACCUGAAAUUCCCUCGGAAUUGAAGUCAAACUCCUAUGGACACCCUCCCGAGACCAAAACCGAGGCAGAACGUCAUCUUCGCAUCAAAACUUGGGUGUGUAAACCCGAUAAACCUAGCGAUCCUAAACUUCGAGCACGAUGGAUGGCCAAUGUCCGUAUCUGGAAUAAUGGAGGAAAUGCACCGUUACCACCUCAACACACCACAUCUGUUCCACCUCAAGCUACAACAUCAUUAAUCCCAACUCGUAUUAAGACUCCUCCCCUUGCCACUCAACCUGAAUCCAUCCAUACACCUAACAACACUCCUCCUCCAUCUCAAUCACCAACUCAUCUUCAAAACACCAUCAAUGAUCCAACUUCACCACCCGCUAUUUCUGUUAAUUUUAAUCAAUCUCCUCCUAAAGCACCUAGAAAUUUUAUUCAUAAAACUAAGACUAAAAAUAAAAAACCCAAACUCCAAAAAAGUUUUCAACACAAGAAAUUCUUCAAUCAAAAGUCAACCCCUAUCAUAAUCCCGAACUCUCCCAUAAAAGAUAAAACUAAUUUGACUACUACUGUAGAAGAUUUAAUUGAAACUCCUCCUCCUUCACCUGUACUUGAUGCUAAUAAUCAACAUGCAACUAGAUCAAUUAAUCCUGAAGAUGUUAUUUCUGAAAUCGACGAUCCUAGAUUAUCAACUUCAAACUUGAAUGAACAAACUCCAAACAAUUCUUACCCAAGUACUCAAGGAAUUGAUGCGUUUGAUGCUGAGUAUGGAGCUGGUUGUGCAGCUCUUACAGAAACUAUAUUUAAUAUGCUUUCCACUCAUUGGAGAAUUUUUACUUCUAAUGAUCCAGUUGAAACUACUGCUAGAAUAAAUCUUGUAAAAGCUUUUAAAAAUAUUGUUGCACUUGAUAUUGUUUAUAGAGCUCAUCCUCGUCCUGACCUUCGACCUCCACACUAUGAUGGUAUAACUACUGGAUUCCCUCCUCAUUUUCCUAUUCCUCCUACUGGUCAUGAGAAUUUUUAUGAUGGAAUUGCUGAAGAUAACUUGAAGCAUUCUACUGAAGGGAAGGGAAAAAAACGUGCUCAUGAAUAA